UAGUGCUAAAUGACGUCCGUUUUGUUUGGGCGAAAGAAGGUUGACAAGGAACAGACGACAAAGGGUCAAGGUUUCUUUCUUGCAUAUUUCAAAUAAAAAAUACAAAAAAAAUCGUGAUCAUGGAGUGGGAAGAGUCACCAACAAGCAGUUCCGCAUCUGUAGAGAACAAGUAUAGCGCGCAUUCAUGCAAUAUUUUAAAUGAAUUACGAAAAUCAGGACAACUGACGGACGCCGUGAUAAAAGUUGAAAGUCAGGUCUUUCCUAUUCACAGAGCUAUCUUGUCCGCCUGUAGCCCAUACUUUAGGGCAUUGUUUACAAAUGAAAUGUUUGCCACCAAUCGCAGAGAAGUGGUAAUUCCCGGCGUUAGUGCUGAUGUCAUGAAAACCAUCAUUGACUAUUCCUAUACGCGGCAAGUUGAUGUCACUGCUGAAAAUGUUGAGCUUUUGCUACCGGCAGCAGACCAGUUCCAUGUAAAUGGAAUAGUCAAAGCUUGUUGCGAUUUUCUCGCAUCACAGAUGGUUGCUGAAAAUUGCAUAGGAAUUUAUAAAUUCGCAAAGGCCUACUUCUGCCACAAUCUGGAACGAAUCAGUUUCCGCUACCUUAUGCAUAAUUAUUGUAAAGUUUGCACACAGAGUAACGAGUUCCUGCAGCUGAACGCCGAAGAGCUUGCGGAAAUGCUCAGCCGAGACGAAUUGAACGUGAAGAACGAAGAACUGGUGUUUGACUCUGUGCUAAGGUGGAUCGACUACGACCCUGAACGCCGCCGGAACUGCAUGGCAAAGCUUCUGCGAUCCAUCCGACUAGGGCUGCUUUCUACUCAAUACUUUGUGGAAAAGGUAAAACCACACCCCUACGUGAAGGAAUCAGAAAACUGCAAGCCUAUUAUUAUCGAGACCCUGAAGUUCCUCUAUGACCUUGACAUGGAUGGCAAAGAAGAGAUCGAUCCAGUGAACCAAUUAGCUCGUCCCCGUGUCCCACACGAGAUAUUGUUUGUGGUAGGGGGCUGGAGCGGAGGAUCCCCCACUAACAUUGUAGAGACAUAUGACACAAGAGCAGAUAAAUGGAUUAUUUGUGAAGCCAUGGACACUGGACCACGUGCGUAUCACGGCACGGCAUGUCUCGGCAAUGUGAUCUACAUUAUUGGCGGGUUUGAUGGAAUGGAAUAUUUUAACUCUGUACGCUGUUUUGAUCCCGUUUCUAAAACCUGGGCUGAGGUGGCUCCAAUGAAUGCUAAGAGAUGUUAUGUAAGCACAGCCACUCUUGACGGCCUUAUAUAUGCUAUGGGCGGUUACGACGGGCAUAAUCGCCAGAACACAGCGGAGAGAUACUUCCCACAGAACAACCAGUGGUCACUGAUUCAACCAAUGACACACCAAAGGAGCGAUGCCAGCGCUACAUCCCUUAGUGGGAGGAUAUACAUUUGCGGAGGCUUCAAUGGUCAGGAAUGCUUACUGAACGCUGAAGCAUAUGACCCAAAUACCAACCAGUGGACCAUGAUAGCCCCUAUGAGGAACAGACGAAGUGGCGUCGGAGUCAUUGCUUACAGGGACCACGUAUUUGCGUUAGGAGGUUUCAAUGGUAUCUCCAGGAUGAACACAGGAGAGAAGUACAACCCUGUUAAAGACAGCUGGACCAGUCUACCGGAAAUGUACAGCCCGAGGUCAAACUUUGCUGUCGAGGUGCUUGAUGACAUGAUUUUUGCCAUUGGUGGAUUCAAUGGGAUGACAACCAUUUUCAACGUGGAAUGCUAUGAUGGUACAACAGAUGAAUGGUAUGACGCCACAGACAUGAAUUUAUACCGAAGUGCCCUGAGCGCAUGCGUGGUGACCGGGUUACCGAACGUCUACGACUACCUGCACCGCGACCGAGACAAAGACGUGGUAGAAAAGAAGAGAGCAAGAGCACAGAACAAUGCCGAAUAAACGUUUUCUCAAAAUAUUCACAAAAAAUACAUUUAAAAAUUUAAUUAUAUAUUUUUAUCUAAAACAUACCGUUUUAUAUUUAGGCGAAAUACCAGGGUUUUUUUUUUCAAAAUAAGUAAAAAAAAUCAUUUAAAAUAUUUUCAUGUAUAUUAUAUUUUUGUUAAGAAUCUUUAAUGUUUAACUGGAAAAUUAUAGCAGAAGAGCUUUUAAUGUAAUAAAGAUGAAACUUUA